AUAUGCUUCAGAUAGUGUUAGUUUCGGUUGGAAGGAUUUAACUAAAGGUGAAGAAUAGCUAAAGAGCUCGUGUUACAUCUGGCAGCUGGAACAUUUUGAUUCAGAGGCAAGUUUUCCAUUCCUCUCUCUGUGGACCAAGAGGGACUGGACCAAGGUGUCAGACCCUGUGGCUUGGCCCCUUGUGCAUAGGGAGAAACAGCAGCAGCCACCAGGAGCCUGAAAGAGGUGCACUUUGAAAUCCCCACGUCCUCGGAGCUCCUUUCUCACAGAUCAGCCAGGAGCAGCUACAGCUGAAUGGUCGGAAGGGUCAAUGAUUGUAUCUUGCGGGUGAAUGAGUUUGAUGUGUCGGAAGUCUCGCACAGCAAAGCAGUGGAGGCACUAAAAGAGGCUGGUUCCAUUGUGCGAUUGUAUGUUCGUCGAAGAAGACCUAUUCUGGAGACUGUUGUAGAGAUCAAGCUGUUCAAAGGCCCUAAGGGUCUGGGCUUCAGUAUUGCUGGCGGAGUAGGAAAUCAGCAUAUUCCUGGAGACAACAGCAUUUAUGUUACUAAGAUUAUUGAUGGAGGAGCAGCCCAGAAAGAUGGAAGAUUGCAAGUUGGAGACAGACUUCUUAUGGUAAAUAAUUACAGUUUAGAAGAAGUAACACACGAAGAAGCAGUUGCGAUACUGAAGAACACAUCAGAUGUAGUUUAUCUAAAAGUUGGAAAGCCCACCACCAUUUACAUGACUGAUCCUUAUGGCCCACCAGAUAUUACACACUCUUAUUCUCCACCCAUGGAAAAUCAUAUACUCACUUCUGGCAACAAUGGCACUUUAGAGUACAAAUCGUCUUUGGCCCCUAUCUCACCAGGAAGAUACUCGCCCAUUCCAAAGCACAUGCUUGUGGAGGACGACUAUACCAGGCCUCCUGAACCUGUUUACAGCACUGUGAACAAACUGUGUGAUAAGCCACCUUCUCCUAGGCACUAUUCCCCUCUCGAAUGUGACAAAAGCUUCCUUCUUUCAGCUCCCUACCCCCACUACCACGUAGGCCUGCUCCCUGACUCUGAGAUCACCAGUCAUUCCCAGCACAGCACUGCAACGCGUCCACCCACAAUGAGCUUACAACGGACCAUUUCUGUGGAAGGAGAGCCUCGAAAAAUCAUCCUGCACAAAGGCUCCACAGGACUUGGUUUUAACAUUGUAGGAGGAGAAGAUGGGGAAGGCAUUUUCGUAUCUUUCAUCUUAGCAGGUGGGCCUGCUGAUCUCAGCGGAGAGCUACAGAGAGGAGAUCAAAUUUUAUCUGUGAAUGGUAUUGAUCUUCGAGGUGCUACCCAUGAGCAGGCUGCAGCUGCACUAAAAGGAGCAGGGCAGACGGUAACAAUCAUAGCACAAUAUCAGCCAGAAGAGUACGCUCGAUUUGAGGCAAAAAUCCAUGACCUGCGUGAGCAGAUGAUGAACCACAGCAUGAGUUCUGGGUCCGGCUCCCUGAGAACUAAUCAGAAGCGGUCACUCUAUGUCAGAGCCAUGUUUGACUAUGACAAGAGCAAAGACAGUGGCCUCCCAAGUCAAGGACUCAGUUUUAAAUAUGGAGACAUCCUCCAUGUUAUCAACGCUUCUGAUGAUGAGUGGUGGCAGGCGAGGAGGGUCACGCUGGAAGGAGACAGCGAGGAAAUGGGAGUUAUACCCAGCAAAAGGAGGGUUGAAAGAAAGGAGCGUGCUCGCUUGAAGACAGUGAAGUUUAAUGCAAAACCUGGUGUGAUUGAUGCAAAAGGGUCAUUCAAUGACAAGCGUAAAAAGAACUUCAUCUUUUCACGAAAAUUCCCAUUCUACAAGAGCAAGGAGCAGAGUGAGCAGGAAACAAGUGAUCCAGAACGGGGACAAGAAGACUGCAUUCUUUCUUAUGAACCUGUCACAAGACAGGAAAUUAAUUAUACUAGACCAGUUAUUAUUCUGGGUCCUAUGAAAGAUCGGAUCAACGAUGAUUUGAUAUCUGAAUUCCCUGAUAAGUUUGGAUCGUGUGUACCACAUACUACAAGACCAAAGCGUGAUUAUGAAGUAGAUGGGAGAGAUUAUCAUUUUGUCACUUCAAGAGAACAAAUGGAAAAGGACAUCCAGGAGCACAAAUUUAUAGAAGCUGGGCAGUACAAUGAUAAUUUAUAUGGAACUAGUGUGCAGUCUGUGAGAUUUGUGGCAGAAAGGGGCAAGCACUGUAUACUUGAUGUAUCAGGAAAUGCUAUUAAGCGACUACAAGUUGCACAACUGUAUCCCAUUGCUAUCUUCAUUAAGCCUAAAUCUUGGGAACCAUUGAUGGAGAUGAAUAAACGUCUUACAGAAGAACAAGCCAAGAAAACCUACGAUCGUGCAAUUAAGUUAGAACAAGAAUUUGGAGAAUACUUUACAGCUAUUGUCCAAGGAGAUAGCCUAGAAGAUAUAUAUAAUCAAUGCAAACUUGUAAUUGAAGAACAAUCUGGGCCUUUCAUCUGGAUUCCUUCAAAGGAAAAAUUAUAAAUUAGUCACUUCACAUCUGAUAAUGAGAGAAGAAUAUUUAGAAGAAAACUAUAAUAUACUAUUUGGAGGCUUUCCUGUUUUUGUUGCAUUUAUGUUCUUGCAGUCAAUGUGAAUUUUUAUGAAUGUACAACACAAAGUGUUUGAAGCCAUGAAGGACACUGAUGGGUCAAAAGGGUAGGAACAAAAAGACUUCUGCCCUAUAAAGCAAAUCUGUCAUGUGCUCAAAGCACCAGUUGUAGGUAUAAACUUUUGAUGUGGAGACCCUCUGUCAAGGGGAGCUAGCCACCUACUGUGCCCAAAAGGACAUUCUGAUUGAAUGGCUGAGCUCAGUAUGUUAGUUGUUGAUCGCUUUAAAGAGAAGUUCCCAGCUCUUCAACCUCAUAGAGGGUUUGAUCCUGCAAGGCUCUAAACACUUGACCCCAAUUCAUGUGUAUGUGAGUAGUCCCAUUGACUUGGACUCAUUUGCAAUCUUACUCUACGCUGCACGGUCACAUUGACUUCCAUAGGGCUACUCAUGGGCUUAAAGUUUAGCAUGGGUAUAAGUGUUUCGACAGAUUGGGGCCAUGUGCGCCUUGCAGGAUCAAGCCCAGACAACCUGAUCCAGUUGCUACUGAAGUCCGUGGAAGGACUCCCAUUGACUUGACAAGGAGCUGGAUCUGGUCCUUAGCUUGUCAUUGCACAUCUGUAGUUGGUACACCUCGACUUUGGUAACUAUGCACAUCCUUUGAUUUCUGAAAACAAGACAAGCAUUUCCUUUUCUCCUCUAGAUACUCCGUGACAUCAGGAAACAAUAACCAUGUAGAUUAUGUUAAGGGAAUUUGGGGGUAGAAAGGGAAUGGAAGCAUUUCCCAUCGUGUGUAUGCACACACACACACACACACACACACGAACACACACACACACACACACACACACAGUAGGAUUCACAGUACCUAAACUGACAAAGAGGGAUACAGCUGGGAAAAGCUUUAAAAUUUUUGAUUGUCUAUUUUAUCAUUUAUACAGACAGAAGGCACUUAAAGAUGGAAUAAUUUAUAAAAUAAAAAAUAUAUUGAUGUAUAGAAACUAAUUUCUAUAGGUGAAAAAAUGUUUUUGUGAGAUAUUUUGUAAAGAUUAAUUAAUGGAAAGAUUAAAUAUUUACACCCUGGUCUGGCUGUAAAAUGUAACGAGGACCCUCAAGUUGCAAUACCCCUUUUUGCAACAGAUUCUCUAAUAAUAUUGACAAACCAUCUAAUUUCUUAAAUUGUAGAUGUCAAUUUGUUUUUUGAAGGGUUUUUUUCCCCUCAAUCUAAUCCUCCUUCUUUCUUUUAUUUAACCAUGAUGAACUCCUGUGGAAAGAACUCUUCAAUUGACUGCCGUAUAGGAUAGAUAUUUUUUUUCUUAAGUGUAAACAUGAGGCAUCUUUAAACCGAAGCUGAUUAUUUUUUCCAGAAGCAAAAUCUCAGUGACUCAAAUGCAGUUUAUGAUUUUCUCCUCCAAAGGGAACCAUAAGCUUCAUUUGAAAAUGUUUUAUAAUUGUUCCUGAUUCUUUAAGUGAAAUACAAAAAGCGCUUAUUCUUUUUUGCCAGUAGACCACAGAAUAAUUUGUAUCUUCAUUUCAUUUCCUGGUCAACAAGGGUUUCAAAAGAUGAUAUGGAGCAGUGGACCUUUGUGGGGGAUUUGGGGAAAGUCUGUGGAAUUUCAAUUUGGGGUACGUGGGGGUGGGGAGUUCAUGUUUUCUGUUUCACUGGGCCCUUCCGUUGUCUACUGAUGACAUACUUCACUGUAGCAUACAAGGAGGAUUCUUAGAAAAUACAUGACGUUGUUAAACUGAAUCGCCUUUGCUGCUGCUUGACCACGUUUUAUGGAAAACCUGCAGACUCCUGCCUAGUUCACUAUGGGAGUCUGACAUUUCUGAGCUGGUGGCUGCUUCAACCCUACCUUUUAAGACUAUUUUAUAGGCAAGCACUUAAGUUAUCUGAAUGAGCAAGGGAAUAUUCAGUUACUUGCCUGUUCAAGACUUACAUUGCUACACGCUAUUAACCUAUGACAAGUACCUCCAGCUGCCCUUGAGAUGAGCAGAUUAGCUGGAUGUUCCUAAUACAGCCAUCAGCAGUGACAGGGUUAAUAAUUAUGGACACUUCAUGGGCUAUCACUAGGCUUCAUGGUUAAUGCCCAAUUAAGAUGAUUAUGAGAAGUUGUUGCUUCUUUUAAUUGCUAAUUUAUCUGCCUGGUCAGCAGACAACAGUGUAUCAGUAGAGUCUCCAAGUGAUCUUCAUAACCAGAAGGGCUAGACAUUUUUUUUAAAAGCUAACCGGAUAAAUGAAAGCUUAGUUUUUUGGAUACAUUUGCCGAAAUCCACACGAUGACCCCAGAUCUUUGGAAAUCAUGGGUUUUUCCAUGUCAGCAAAGUACCAUUGUCUCAAUUUAGGCUUUAGGCCAUCUAAACUGAAAACCAAGUAUCCUAAAGCAGAAACUUCCGUUCUAAUUCUCAGCUCUGUUUUUAAGCAAUCCAAUCUGCUUCUUUGUUUCUUAGUUCAGCAUGGAGCUUUUUAAGAUACUAUUAGUAAAUGUUUUGUUUUGUCAUGUGCUGUGCUUUACAGUGAACAGUAACACUAUGGCUGAGUACAAUCAGUUCUCCAUCAGUCCUUGGUUACUGUAGUAACAUAAUUUAUUUUUCCCUGUCUGUUGUUU